AUGCGUUCACAGAUCUCUUUCCGCGGCACCCUCUUUGGGCUGCUCGCCAUUCCUCGUCUCGCCCUGACGCACACUUGGGUCGAGCAAAUGAUGGUCAUUGCCCCCAAUGGCACUUUGGUCGGUCAGCCUGGCUACCCCCGAGGCAACGUCCUACGUGGAACUCCUGCCUUUGGUGAUCCGGCAAUGGUCAAUCUCAUCCCUCCGGAUGGUCGCCCCAUCAAUGUCAUCGAACCUUCCGACCUCAUGUGCAAGGUGUCCCAAGUUUCCCAGAGCCAGACCGACGGAAGCCCUCGGCUGCAAGCUGCCCCCGGUGCCGCUGUCGCCCUCCGAUUCCAAGAGAAUGGCCACGUUACCCUUCCAGACGGUCAACCUGGCAAGCCACCAAAUCGAGGAACAGUCUUUGUCUACGGGACUUCUCAGCCAAGCCGAGAUGAUUCUUUCCUCGCCAUCCAUCGUCAAUGGACCGCUGAUGGUUCUGGCGGCGAUGGCCGUGGUGUCCUCCUCUCCACACGAAACUUCGACGACGGUCAAUGCUAUCAAGUCAAUGGAGGUCCCUUGUCCCAUCAGCGCCAAACUGCAUUUCCUCACCAGUUCAACCAAUACAUGGGCAAUGAUCUCUGGUGUCAACAAGAUAUCCUGCUUCCAGCGGAUAUUCCAGUUGGCCAGCCUUACACCCUGUAUUGGGUCUGGGAUUGGCCUACUCUCCCUGGCACUCCCGGAUAUCCUGAAGGCAAACAAGAAAUCUACACCACCUGCCUCGAUAUCGAUAUUGUCGCUGACUCUGGAGUCGAGGUCUUCAACAAGGCUCAGGGCUCUUCUCCAGGCUAUGUCAACCAGCCACUGGAUCAGGCUGCUGUCAAAGCACAAAUGGACGACAUCGCCAAUCCUACUGCGGUGACAGGACCUUCAAUCCCGUUCUCUGCCUCGGCGACUGGACCGGUUGCUGGAGCGGCUAGCGAAGCUAGUGCCUUCGAAGCCACCGCAGUGACCACCGGAGACCUUGAUUUCUUGACCGUUCACACCGCGUCAUCGGCCGGUUUUGGCGUUGAGACCCAAACUUUCUCAGUCCUGCCCAUUGGGGAGACAUCGGCUCCUCAAGGAAACGGAAACGGAGGUUUUGCGUUUGGAAAUGGGAACAGAGGAUCGGGCAAUCGAGGCAACCAAGGCCCUCAGGUUACGCCGGCGCCAAACAACAAUCAAGCUGGUCUUCUGACCGUCACUGAAUAUGACCCCGUCACCGAAACCAUUUACCAGACCGUGUAUGAGACUCGAUACACGAAACGCGAUGCUGCGCCCUUGGUCACUCCUGCACCAGUCGUCAAGGCUCGGUCGCCAGAGGCGCAACCGGAGGAGCACAGCACUGCUCAUUCAGCAUUCCGUCUACGUGCACGGAACCCUUUUAUCUGGCUUGGGUGGCAACAGGACUCGACGGCGACGGUUUCCUCCUCAUGA